AUGACGUACCCAGCUCAGUGCAGCGCCACAACGGCUUCGAGCGACCCGGCCGGUAUUUUUCUCUGCACGGGCGAUGGUGGCGUCGAGGAAGAACACACCAGCACCACUGUCACCACUCUGACGCUCGUGACUAUCGCACUUCACGUACUGAACUCGAUGAUCCUCGUGACGGCUUGGAGAUCCUGCGAGACCAUUGACCCUGCUGAGUCAGUAGAAGACUCUCUGCCCAAUGGCUGGUGUGGCGUGAGACUCACUGGUCCGCGAUGGGAGAAAACUCGGUACUGCGCACUGUGCCGGAAGCCAGUGCCUGGACUCGACCACCAUUGCACAUGGCUACAGACGUGCAUCGGCAAGAACAACUACGCCCAGUUCUUCACAGUAGCCUGUACAGGCACAAUGCAAUUCGUACUGCAGGUGGCGUAUGCAGUGUUAGGUCUGAUGUGGCUGCUCUACCACCCGCUAGAUGACGCAGGAGGGUUUGGCUAUGUGGUGGAAGGCUCCUUGAUCGUGUGCUUGGUGAUCUCCGUGCCGUGCAUGUUCAUGUACUUCGUACUCGUUGGUUUCCACGUCUGGCUCAUGAUACUGGGUUACGGCACGUACGAGUGGAUGCUACGUCGUCGCAAAGAUCAACGAGCCAAGUUGGAGGCCAAGAAAAAGAAGAAAAGUGGCGACAAUGACGAGACGAGCUCCACAAGCACAGGAGAUUCCGUGUCCUUAGAAAGCAGCCACACAGUCGUCAAGGUGGGCGAUGUCAAUCUCGAAGAACGGGACCGAGAGCUCACCGUGCUGUAA